AUGCCACCCAAGAACGCGACAGCGAAUGCCGCGCGCCGGAAAGGCCCGUCUUUCAACCCACCAAGACCCGUGGGUGCGCCUUCUCAAGCAUCCACCGCGACGAAACGCGCCCCAGCGGCGGCAUCCCGCGCGACAGGUGCCGCAAAGAAGAGCAGCGCGGGGCCCUCGAAGACUGCCUUCACACCAGCUGCUGAUGUAAUCGAUCUAUCCGACGAUGGCCAGGACGAAGAGCUAGCGGAGGAUCUGAACAUCUCCGACUUUGACGACAUCAUGGACGAUGCACCCACUGCCAAUCCACCGCCAGCAGCCGCCGCCCUCGACGAACCCGCUAUUUCCCGAGCGCUCCUCGCACGCCUACUUCUAGAGAACUUCGAAGACCCGAACAUACAAAUACAAACAGGUGCGAUGAAGCUGGUGGGCAAGUACAUCGACAUCUUUGUCACGGAAGCUUUCCUCAGAAGCCAGGACGAGAUGAAGGCAGCGGCAAAGGAUGGCGGUAGCAUCGAUGGUUUCCUCCAGGUGGAAGAUCUGGAGAAGCUGGCACCCCAACUUGUGCUCGACUUCUGA